AUGCUCUGCGCUGUGGUUCACGUCAAUGUGGUUCACGUCACGAAAAUGCUUGAAAAUCUUCCAAGAGGGCAGGGCAAUCGACAAAUUGGCAAGACCGCAAGAACCGCAAGACCAGCGAGACCGUGGCGUGAACUUUGUUGACCAAGUGCUCGGUUCUAAUAUUAGUUCAUAGCAACGGCGUAUAUGAAUAUCAAAUAAUGAGUAUUUACAGGCAAACGAUACCUUUACACAGUUACGCAAAGCGUCUCUUUCCUCAACUGGGAAGCCUUCCGAGCAAGCUGCGUGGGAAGAGGACAUGGGCAUCUUCUCCAACAGUCAAGCUUUUAGGUCGUGUUCGCACGGCAAACUUACUACAUUCCCGCUAUUUCACGUGCUCCGAUACUUUAAGAACGACUUCCCACGCAAACAGGGUGUUUAUGCCAGCAGAGGAGUUUCAUCAUGGAAAAGAAAAGGCAUUAGAAAUGAACAGGGAAGGCGAGACAGUUCCAGUGAAUGUUGAAGACCUCAUCUUCGACAUGUUCAAGGAUUCAGAUGAUACGUUAUCUGUAGGAAAAUUUCUGAAUGCCUUGUUUACAACUGGAUUGUGGAAAAAUGACCCCAGACUCAAAGAGAUGAUGCAGAAUCUUCGCAAGUUAUACCAAGAAAAAUCGCCUGUUCGGUCUCUCGAGACGCUCAGUCUCAGCAAGGAAGCCUUUGGAAACGUCAUCAGAGAAAACAUCGUACUCAUAACACGCGCCCUACGACACCAAUUUGUGAUACCCGACUUUCAAGACUUUGUGCAGUACAUAGAAGACUUUUACUGGAAAUGCAAAGUCAACACAGGCGGAAAAGUUGCGAGCUAUAUCCCGCAGCUUGCCAAGUACAACCCAGACUACUGGGGCGUCAGCCUUUGUACAGUUGACGGUCAAAGGUUUUCAAUCGGCGACACCGAAAUUCCAUUCACGAUUCAGUCCUCCGGGAAACCGGUGAACUACGCCAUCGCUCUGACGGAACUGGGAUCGGACACGGUCCAUCAGUACGUUGGGCAGGAGCCGAGCGGAAGGAUGUUCAACGAGCUCGUGCUCGACUACAACAAAAAACCUCACAAUCCUAUGGUGAAUGCUGGUGCCAUUGUGGUUGCCUCUCUUCUUCUCUACCUCAUUGAGCCUGAGAUGCGGACAUCCGAGAAGUUUGAUUGGAUGCUGCAAUACUACAGAGCUAUUUCAGGAGGCGAAUACCUGGGUUUCAACAAUGCUAUAUUCCUCUCGGAGAGGGAAGCCGCGGACAGAAACUACGCCAUCGGUUUCUACAUGAAAGAGAACAAGUGUUUUCCUGAGAGAGUCAACCUCAAGGAAACAAUGGAUUUCUACUUUCAGCUGUGCUCCUUGGAGGUGAACUGCCAGUCUGUGAGCGUGAUCGCGGCCACAUUGGCCAACGGCGGCAUCUGUCCCACAACGGGACAUCAAGUGAUGAAUGGAGUCUCCUGCCGAGACGUCCUCUCGCUGAUGCACUCCUGCGGAAUGUACGAUUAUUCUGGCCAAUACGCAUUUAAGGUUGGCCUUCCCGCCAAGUCUGGAGUGUCGGGAUGCACCAUGUUGGUAGUGCCCAACGUAAUGGGCAUGUGUCUGUGGUCGCCUCCUCUCGACACUUACGGAAAUUCCGUACGAGGAGUUCAGUUCUGCGAAGAACUCACCAGAGUGUUCAGCUUCCAUCACUAUGACAACCUGCGUCACAUCACCCAAAAGAAAGACCCCCGUCGGCAGAAAUACGAAACGAAAGGGCAGAAGAUCGUCAACCUCCUGUUCAGCGCAGCGAGUGGCGACGUCUCCGCAAUGAGGCGACACUACCUUUCUGGUAUGGACAUGGGACUGAGUGACUACGACGGACGUACUGCCCUUCACCUGUCUGCAGCGGAGGGUCAUCUGGAGUGCGUAGAGUUUCUGCUGAAAAUUUGCGGCGUUGACGUCCAUACGAAAGACCGGUGGGGCCACACCCCAUUGGACGACGCACGCAUGUUUGGCCACACAGCCGUGGCCGAUUAUCUGUGCAAGUGGAAGAAGACGUCCGACGUCGAGGAGGAACCGAAAGACGAAGUGCUCGACAAAGCGGUGGCGCGACCGUCGAAGACGGACCACAAGACUGCAACGGACAGCAGCAGACCAGGCCUCGCCAGUGUUAAGCAUAAGACGUGAUGCACGGGCCAUACCGAAAAAUAUGUUUGCCAAAGGUUCCGUAAGUGCAGCAGCUUCGAAUAAGGUUGUGCCGUUGACUAACCUCUUGACAUUGGAACCUUAUUAUGAUCCCACCUGUGUUGUUAUUGCUAUAUUACCAUAAACACAGUCUGCUCUACUAACGCUCCAUUUCAGAUUAUGGUUUGUAAUCCCAAUAUUACGCCAUUGUUUGUACGUCCUACAGGUUCGUUUACACCGAAAUUUUCACAUUCCUGUGUCCCACACCAUUUCGUGAUCUAGUUCACCUUGGAGUGCUAUGUUGUUAUAGUAAUAAGACUUCAUAUUUUCGAGCUUAUCUCAUGUUUAUUGUCAGCGUUGUUGAGCAUUUUAGAAGUAUAUGUCAGUUAAAUAGGUUGAAUACUAUAGUUCCUUUUAUCAAAGUAUGUGGAACAGCAAUUAUUCCUCAGUUCAAACAUGAUAACCCUUCCAGAAGAGCGUCAUGUAGUACGAGAACAUGAUUACGGUCAAACUCCUUUACAACGGAACUUGGGGGCAGCGAAAAAAAUUGCAGUAAGGGUAUUUUCGUUGAAAAGGUUGUCCAUUAUUGGAGCCAGAGGGCUCCAGCGGGACCGAAAAAAAAAUUGCUGUAGCGGUAUUUUCGUUAGAAAGGUGUUCGCUAUAAAAGAGUUUGACUGUAUAACAUUCACAUCUGAGACGUUUGCACAUGUGCCACUAUUUGUUAUUUUUCAUUUUAUAUUAUUAUUUGUUUGCCUUUUACAAUUGUUGUGCUGUGGGAUAGUUGUCCGCAAGCGUGCUCAUGUGUCAUUAAUGUAAGCGUAGAGCUAAUAUCUCAGGUUGUAGUCGAACGGGUAGCAAGAAAGUACUUAAGUAAUUUGUUUUUAUUUUACUAUAUACCUUCGUUAAUCGUAGGGCCUGGGUCGAAUGUGCACACGGUGUGGGAUUCCGUAGUAGAAAUUCAGGGGCAUUUUACUCUGGUCUAACCUUGCCAUAUAGAUUUGUACAUAAGAAGUAAAUGACAAACCCACGAGAUAAUGUAAGAUGCAAGAUGUAAGGUAUAUAUACAUAUUUGAUACACUUAUGUGUGUCCUUAUGGGAGUUUACCUCUAAUUUAGGUCUAGGCGAUCUUAUUCUUCUCUGCCUGAGUUAUAUUUUGUAUAAUGGAAGUAGUCCAUUAAUUUUAUUUAUUACUUUUGUUCCUGUUGUGAUAAAACAAGCAGAUGUGUGACCACAUUCAAGGCCUGAAACCGCAGGGAAGACCUAUAACACUUCAUCAAUGAGGAUAUAUGCCCAUUGCGUGAAUAUUCGUGGUUUUCUUUUUUUUUCUUUUACAUCUCUCUCUAAUUGUUGCCCAAAACGAUGGAUUGUCAACACAAUUGUUACCUAUCACAACGUCUAAUAUUAUUGCACGCAAUUGUUAUUGAGCCAUAUUUUCAAACCCGUAGGGUCUAUCAUAUUUCAUUUGUUGCGUUGUACCUAGAUUUCAAAGUUAUACGAGACUCUGUUAUAUUUUGUGAGCUUGUCUUCAAGCAGAGCUACUUAAUAUUAUGGUGAUUUCAUUGCUGUGAGUGUAACCGGAAUUUCACAGAUCUUGAGGGCGUUCCAUCAUGAUCUAAUUUUGUUUGAAGUGUCUUCAAGCAGAAUUCUAAGAAGGAGCUAGCAUAUCAGCCUAGGUUGACAUUCUCACCUUGGGACCUUAACCAGUGAUUGGGAAAAGAAAGACUAUGGUUUACCUCCAUGUAUACGGAAAAGAAACACGGACAGAUUAUAGUCCUCGCAGUUUGCCUUUCCACAUCAGAGUUGCAGUUUCCGAAUCCAGAUGCAAAUUUCAAAGAACCGCCGUUGAAAAUUCUUAAAAACCGGGCUUACUUAAGUAGUGUGGCAGUGCUUGGCUUGCAUUUCUCGAGCACAGCUGACAAGCAUCUCGCGAACAACUGCUAGUAACUGUUCGAACAAGGCUUGGCCCCGCUUGCAUGAACAUUGAAGAAAUUCCUCAACGGUGUCCUCAGAAGUUUCUGUACUGCUUCGCACACACGCUACCGUCCUCAGCACCGCUCGUUAGUAGCGCACUGGCAAUGCUGUUGAGGAUGGUGCUGACGAAUUUCUUCAAUAUUCGUGCAAGCAGGUCCAGGAUCUUGGAAGUGCCUGUCACUGCUGAUGCAUUGUCUGGUGAAAACCAGUCAUUUGCAGGGUUGUCUUUUCUACUUCACAGACUGAGCUCCAAGUUGUGGAUGAGUUGGCAAAACAACACGUUGAUCACCAUGAUUGCAAAUGACAAUGGAAUCUUUUCGUUGUCAUUGGGAAUAACCUUUAAGAGCCCCAUUCACGACUUCUGUCUUGUCUGCCACCGCGUUUCGCACAUCCAGAUCCUCUGUACUCCUGGCAGUUUUCGUGAAGACAACCCACGCUAUAGAAAUGCUGGUCCACUGUGUCUGCAUAGUAUAAUGUAGUAACAUAAUUCUACACACUUUAGAAUUGCUUUAUUGCAGUGCUUUAGGAUUUUGAUAGUAAAUGUGUAGCAGCGUGAGCUCCGUCCUCUUAAUUCCCAAUUUUAAUUGCAGACGAGUCUUCAAGACGAGACUGUCAACACCAGAAACUAAAGUGAGGUCUACAUCUCAGACUGUUCCUCUGUAAGUGCUGUUAGAUUAUGCUGCACCAGACAACAACACAAAAAAAAAGAGAAAAAAAAAGUUAGGCUCACAAUAUACGUAGUAGCAAUCAAGCACUGACAAAUCAUCUGUGAUUAAGUGUCUUUCGCUAGGAAUUGCUCGUAGAGUGUAAACGUGUGCCUGCAGACCGUAAGAAUACAAUCACCACGGGUAGUGCAAUCAGGGUUACUUGUGCUGCAUGUAACGUAGGGACAAAGCUGUGUCAGGCUGUCAUAUUGCUCUUGAUUGCUUCUUACACACACCUAGGAAACUGACGUGAGUGAUACGCAGGCAAGCAUGUUGGAAGCUUUGGAACAUUGCGUGUGUUUCUGUAUUGCAUGUCAUCCGACAAGUCACCUAUGCGAAGCAACAAAUGGUUUUGCGAUUGUUCUGAGUCUGUCUGUAGCGUCUGUGUAUGCGUGGAGAAUACGAUGCAACAAGCUUAUAUCCCUACAUGUCGAUGCAGUAGUAGUUUGAAGAGUCUUGAGGAGUAGCUCCCAAGGAAUAGAGGUGCAUCUUUUUUACAAUGAAAUAAUGAAAUACAAAAAUAAAGCGUAUACCUCACUGUGCUGCUGGGUUAUACCAACAGACA